AUGGCUGGCAUCUUUCGUUCCAUCUAUGACUGGCUCCUAAGGAUGUUCUGGGCGACGGAGAUGGAUGUCACAAUGAUCGGCCUGCAGAAUGCCGGCAAAUCCUCCUUGCUGCGGGUGCUAGCGGGUGGGGAAUUCACGGUUGAUUCCAUUCCGACCAUCGGAUUCAACACCAAGCGUGUACAAAAAGGCCAUGUAACCUUGAAAUGUUGGGAUUUGGGCGGACAGCCUCGAUUUCGCCCGAUGUGGGAACGGUAUUGCCGGGGCGUGAAUGCGAUCGUAUAUAUCGUAGACGCAGCGGAUAAGGCGGCGCUGCCCGUCGCCACAGAAGAGCUGCACGAGCUAAUGGACAAGCCUACCUUGGAUGGGAUCCCGCUGUUAGUGCUCGGCAAUAAAUCCGACCUCCCAGUCAAACUCUCAGUCGACGAGCUGAUCGACGCCAUGGAUCUCAAGUCCAUCACUCACCGGGAGGUCAGUUGCUAUGGCAUCAGUGCCAAAGAAGAGACCAACCUCGACGCCGUGUUGCACUGGUUAAUCGCACGCGCCAGCCGGUAA